AAUCUUCAUUCUUACCUUAAUCUGUCCAUUUUCUCUCGGUUCGAUCUCUUUAUGCAUUUGACUGAUGAUACAUGAUCUUCAGGCCCCACUGUUUUAUUUGAGAUAAUGCCAGCAAAGCAUGACGCCAUGAAUUCUCCGAGAUCUCCCAAGUCCCUUGCGGAGGACUAUGAGAGCAGCGGAGGUGUCAAUUCAAGUGGAACCAAGAUACCUCGCAAAUCACGAAGUUAGUUUAAUCGAUAGCGGCGAGGACACCGAUCCAUGGAACCCGUUCUCCUUCGGGGAUCAUCGCUAUGGUCCCCGAAACCGUCAUCGGCGACUCUCCCUUUCUUCACGCCGAAAAAUCAACGUACUAUGAGUACAACUCGACACUUGUUUGCACAUUGGGGAUAUUGUGAUUGAAUGGCUUGAAUCGGCUAUCGCAUAAUGUUCACCCCGGUCCACACCUCCCUAGGUGCCCUCCUGCUAUUCCAAGGCUCCUCGGGCCUCCUACUACACAACGGAGCCGUUUUUGGAAUCUCCUCGCUUCUCGCAGGGAGUGUUUUCAACCCGAAUCGCUAUAACCUGCCUAUAAUCGUGGGCCUUGUGUCGAGUGCAGUCCCGAUUUACUGGUUCGCCCCGUCGUUGUUACCGACGUAUCCCGCCGCUCCGAGCUCGUGGGCUUCUAUAGCAUCUACAUUGGGUGUUGGAUUUUUGUUGGGAUGGGGAACUAAGAAUGGCCGUGGUUGCACUUCAGGCCACAUGCUCUGUGGUCUCUCUCGCCUAUCCCCUCGCUCGUUAAUCGCAACAGCUGUCUUCUUCAUCACUGCCCUACUCACAGCAAAUUUCGUCAACGGAGGCCAAAACAUUCCUGCCUGCGCAAAUGGCAUCCCCUGCUACACCCCGCUCUACCCAUCAACCCUCGAACUCGGAUUCAUGGCAGCCGCAACUAUCCUCACCGGCAUCACUAACUGCUUCAUUGUCCCCAAGUCGCUUAACCGAUCGGAGGAAUCCCAGACGGCCUUUUCGUAUCUGGCGGGUCUGGAGUUUGGUCUGGGCUUGUUUAUUUCCGGAAUGGCCGAUCCCGCGAAAGUACUCCGAUUCUUUGCGUUCCUUACGGAUCCUUCCCGUUUCGAUCCUUCGCUCGCUCUGAUCAUACUAUUUGGGAUUGGCCCGUCGCUUAUCACCUACUUAUCUGCGAAACCCGGACAACACGGAGAUAAAGAUGACGGGAAGCCUUCCAAGCCAACUCUCGCUGAACAAUGGAAACUUCCUACUGCUACUGUGGCGGAUAUUGACUGGCGGUUCGUGACUGGAGCUGUGACAUUCGGGCUCGCUUGGGGAUUACGUGGUGUAUGCCCGGGACCUGCAGUUUUGCGAGCGGUGUUGCAGCCUACUUGGGGUGUUGUAGAGAUGGCGGGAUAUAUGUUGGGAAACAUGGUGUAAAUGGAAUUGGAUCAUCAGUUUCAUUAUUAGGGGAGGUUUGGCCCGAUAUCAUAUGCCCUCCCCCGCAAAGAAGGGGGGAAAUCAUUAAAUACAUCACUGCUAUAUAUACAGUCUUCCGCACUUUUGUACAUUACUUUUACUUCUUUGCAGCAUUCUUGCCCUUUUUGGGGCAGCUCUACUCCCUGCCUUUCUGCUGCUCUGUGGUCUGUCUGUACUGUAUACAGUUUUCCUAUUCAGUAUUCAAUGUACUAAUUGCU